AUGAAGUCGGGAGACGGGAACUUAAUGGAUUCCAUAGUCUCUUCUCUGUCAAACAGCAUCAAAGAUGUCCCCUUGGCUGCUAUACCUCCCAUGCUUGAUUGCAUUUUGGCAUCCACUGGUUUCUCUCUAUCUUCGCUUUUCCCUGCACUACAGGAUUCUUUCGCACUUCUCGUCAAGGAUCAUAUGCUGAAGGACGAGAAGUUGGGUUCUGAUCAUUGUAAUAAUGUUGCAUCAUUGGCAGCUGCACUUUGCCAUCUCCUGAAAAAACUUGGGUCUGAUUCUCCUUGUAUGCGGUCUUUUAUAUGGAGAUGUUUUAUUCCCUUGCUGAAGAUAGCUAACACAUUUGACCAUGGAUUGCUUAACGAGAUUGCAGAAUCAUUCUUCAGCGCCGUGAGCGCAACUAAUUCCUGGACCAUGCUAGAGACAACUUUGGUGCCAUUUCUCUUAAGAUCCGUUGGUCUUUCUAUGGGCAUGCAGCAACAUGCAGAAUCAUUUUUUUUCAAAUGGGGUAGUUCCUCUGCUUUCCAGAGUGGAGAUGACAUGAAAGAUGGUCUUCAUCUCGAUAAAGAUUUUGUGCUGUCUUCUCAGUUUGGAUAUGUUCCUUUACCAGUAUCUUGCUAUGUAUUGACUCUUGUACUGGAUACUACUAUACGAAGUUUCCUCAUGUUACCAUUAGAGAGAGCUACCCCUGGCUGUUGUUAUGGGAAAAGGCUAUCUGGUAUUUUGCUUUGGGAUCUCUGCUGUUUGAACGAGCAAUUGCUUUUACAUAGUCCAGACCUUCGGUCAUGUACUAUUGCUUUUCUGCUUCCAAAUAUUUGCAAAGCAUUCACCCCAGGAGUCUCAUUUGAGAUCAGGAUUCACGAAAACAGCUUUCUUCUAACGAGAAACCUUUUUCUUGGGAAAGUUUGGAAGUGCUGCAGAUCACUAUUUUCCCUUGGGUCAUUAGAAAGACGGGACGCGUAUAGUGUGCUCUCUAUGUGCUCAACCUUUUUUAGGGAUGGAUAUGAUAUUGCUGAUUCCAACAUUGAAGCCGAAGAAUCUGAUGUGAGGGCUGAAAGACAGUUUUGGGAGGAAAUAAAAAGAGGCCUGGUCGAUGAGGAACGCUUAGUCAGGAAGCAGUCAUUAGAAAUACUAAAAAACGUACUCUGCACAAAUGGAGAGAGUCCAUCUAGUGCUUCGGAGGCGAAGACCCAAAGUAAACUUUCAACUCCUCUAGGCAUGACAAGGAGGGAACUGUGGGCUGACAAGGAAGCUAGAUCUCUGGGUGUGGGAAAACUCUGCAGUUCCGUUGAUUCCCUUCUGACCCAUCAGCAACAAUGGAACACAUUUAUACUUCUAUAUGAAAUGCUCGAUGAGUAUGGCACUCACCUGGUGGAAGCUGCCUGGAAUCACCAGGUGACAUUGCUACUGCAGGUUUCUGCUUCACAAAACAACUUUGCUAACACUUCAUAUGGAAUGCAUCAACACCAAUCUGAAACUUCAAGGGAAAGUUUUGCUUGGUUAGCAAUAUUGUGGCAAGUAGGAUUUUGUCAUGAAAAUCCUCAAGUUAGGUGCUUGGUCUUGCAGUCAUUUUUGGGUAUUGAGUGGGCCAAAUAUGGAGAGACGGCAAUAUCUCUUCCUGAAAGCUUUAUUCUCGGUCCAUUUCUCCAUGCAUUGAAUGAUCCCAUCCAUCACAGAGAUUUCGGUGUUAAAGGGGUUUACACUUCAAGGACAAUAAAAGCAGCGGGCCAGUUCUUAUGUCACUAUAUAUCUUACCUAAGCAUGAGGAAUGGGAUUGCCCUUAUCAAUUCUCUGGCAUCAGUUGUUAAACAUCGGCCAUUUGGUAGAGCUGGAUUAAUGGGUCUUGCAGAAUGUCUUGCAUCUGCUGCUCGUGGAUUAGAGAAAUAUAAAUGCGGAGCAUCUGAUCUGCUUGAAGAGGUGGUCAAAGCUUCCCCAGAAAACUUUUCUUCAAUUGAUAAAUCAGAGUUAUUGGAAGUUUUGAGGUUUGUUGUGGAGACCAGCAAACAACACUUCAACCCCAAGUAUCGUCUUCGAGUGUCCAUGAAAAUUCUCGAGGCUGCUGCAUCCUUGGUCUGCAUCUCAGAAGUGCCACUUGAGGCUGUAUUGCGGUUCCUUUCUGCAUUCCCGAGGGAGUUUGCAGAUCAUGGGGGGGCCUUCAGAGUAAGAACACAAGAGUGGUUUCUGGGGUCUCCCACUAAACAUGAGAGUUCCAGUAACUACAGCACCAAGUUUCAGCUUCUGAAGAAUCUUCAGGAAUUCCCCUUAAAGUAUACAAGUAGACAAUCUUCUGCUGGUACUGUUUCUACCUACGAUGAUGAAGACAUAGAUGCAUGGGAGGCCGAAGCCAAAAGAUGGGCAAGAGUUCUUUUUAUUGUGAUCAAGGGGGAAAAUGAAUUGGCACCUCUGCUGACGUAUAUUCAUGAUCUUGGCCUCAGCAUCUGCAAGCAACAAAGUUCACUAGAGUGGUUGCCCAUCAAAUUUCUCAUCCUUAGCAUGAGUGUAGUUUCAGAGAUUCAAUUGGCGGAGCAAAGAGCUGCUGAAUAUUGCAUUGGUGGGGAAAUGGAGAGAGAAGCAAGUUUGCUUGGUUUUGGAAUGACUUCUGUAGAAUCUUUGGCAGUGGCCAGAAAUUUUUGUGCUCACUUUGUGCUCAUCUUGGAAGAGCUGAUUGCUUUUGCCAAUAUGUCAUGUCCCAUAUUUUGGUAUAGAAUUGGAGAGGAUAUAACUUUGCCUGGACCGGUUAGGGGAAAGCUUGGCGGUCCUAGUCAACGACGUUUGUCAUCGUCUACAACCACUGCAGUGCUACAAGCUAUAACAUCAGUGCAAGUGGUUGCUUCAAUUUCCUCAUGGUGUAUUACCUAUAGAAGUGCUCUUGAGCUGAAUUCUUCAUGGACUUCUUUGUGGGACUUCUUCUUCAAAACUAUAUCAAUUCCAACCUACAACUCUGAGACAGGAGCUGAAGUUGGUGUAGCAGCUUAUGAGGCAUUGUCUUAUGCUUUGAAAGCACUGGCAUCAUCAUUCUCAAAGCUUUCUUUGGAUCUCAUCAAACAACACAACAUAUCAUCACACUUAACUGAAGAUGAACCAUGGUUAGAUGUGGUGGUUAUCCCUUUUCUUCACAGUGUCAAUAAUCUUCUUGCUGUUGGAGCACUAGCACGAAGUCGAAGGGCAGUGUUGCUGAAAUGGAAGUGGCUCUGUCUGGAAUCUCUGCUUUCUAUUCCUUGUUAUGCUCGUGGGAAUGGGUUGCCAUUGGAGGAUGCCAGCUUCUUCUCCGAUAGAGCAAUCAAAGCCAUUAUUGAUGACCUCAUUGAAAGCCUUGAAAAUGCUGGAGAAGUUGCUCUUUUGCCCAUGCUGAGGUGUGUCAGGCUGGCCCUUGGACUGUUUGCUCCAGGGAAGUUGGGUUCACUUACUGGUGUGGAUGCUCAGAUGAUGUGGCCUUUGGUCCGUUCCUCUUGGGUAUUGCUUGUCAAUAGCAACAAGCGGAGGGUUGCAUCUAUUGCAGCAGUUCUGUCUUCUGUCUUGCAUGCUUCUGUGUUUGCUGAUCAGGUGAUGCACGUAGCUGGUGAUACCCCGGGACCUUUGAAGUGGUUUAUCGGCAAUUUACUCGAGGAGGGUACGAAAAGUCCACGUACGAUUCGCCUUGCAUCAUUACAUCUAACAGGGCUCUUACUCUCUCACCCUCGGAUAGCCAUGUACUACAUCAAAGAACUGAAGUUGCUGACACUAUAUGGUUCUGUUGCCUUUGAUGAGGACUUUGAAGCUGAGUUGGUUGAAAAUUAUGACGCGAGGACUGAAGUUGCACUCUUGGCUAACAGCCCUGACCCCGAGAUAACUGAAGCAUUUAUCAACACAGAGUUAUACGGUCGUGUAUCUGUAGCUGCUCUCUUUCACAAGCUUGGUGAGUUGGGUGACUUGGUCGGAACAACACAUGAAAAUGAAGAUUGCCAUUCUGCUCUUGAAUCUGGGAAAUUGUUUCUCUUUGAGCUUCUUGAUUCCGCGGUCAACGACAGGGACCUUGCAAAAGAACUGUAUAAAAAAUACAGUGCGAUCCAUAGGCGUAAAAUACGUGUUUGGCAAAUGAUAUGUGUUCUGUCACGGUUUGUCACUGAAGAUAUAGUUGGGGAAGUUACGAAGAGUAUGCAUGUUGCUCUCUGUCGCAACAACUUGCCAGCUGUUCGCCAAUACUUGGAAACUUUUGCAAUUAAUAUCUUCUUGAACUUUCCAGCUUUGGUGGGGAAGCAACUAGUUCCUGUUUUACGGAACUUUGAGAUGAGGCCUCAGGCACUCUCUUCCUAUGUCUUCAUAUCAGCAAAUGUCAUUCUCCAUUCAUCUGAACCUCUUCGAUCUAGGCAUUUGGAUGACUUGCUUCCUCCAAUAAUUCCAUUGUUGACUUCACAUCACCACAGCUUGAGGGGUUUCACUCAGUUGCUUGUCUACCAGGUUCUCUGCAAGUUAUUUUCCCAUUUAGGCAGUCAGUCCGGUGAAAAUGAUUUAUCAAAAAGGUGCUUUGAAGACAUAAAGUUGUAUCUCGCCAGAAAUCCUGAUUGUAAGCGCUUACGAGAAUCAAUGGAAGGAUAUCUGGAGGCCUAUAAUCCCAUCUCCUCCUCUACACCUGCUGGAAUUUUUGUCAACAGGGUAGAGGAACUGGAAUUUGAAUGUGUUCCGACGUCCCUAAUGGAGGAAGUGCUCAGCUUUCUAAAUGACGCUAGAGAGGAUCUCAGGAGUGCAAUGGCAAAGGAUCUUGUGUCUAUUAAGAAUGAGAGCAUGAAAAUUGAUGAAGUUCAUGAUUCUCAGAGGGUUUCAAAUUCUGGUCUGCCUCAUGAAAUGUUGGAUUUCCAGAAAAAGAUUACCUUGACUAAGAAUGAAACAGAGGACAAGGACCAUGCUACACAUUCAAGUAAUAAUAAUGCACAUAAGCAACUUUUAGCAAUGGAGAAGGAAGCUGAGCUUCUUCAGAAUGCAUUCCAAUCGAAAAGAUUGGCUAUCGAGAAAACAAAAGAGAGAUACCAAGAAAUUAUACUUGUGGCUUCCUUACUUGAUCGGAUACCAAAUCUUGCUGGAUUAGCAAGGACAUGUGAGAUAUUCAAAGCAUCUGGACUAGUCAUUGCAGACGCAUGCGUCUUACGUGACAAGCAAUUUCAACUGAUAAGUGUGACAGCAGAGAAAUGGGUUCCUAUAAUGGAAGUCCCAAUACACAGCGUGAAACAAUUCCUUGAAAAAAAGAAGCGAGAAGGCUUCUCUGUGCUGGGAUUAGAGCAAACUGCGAAUAGUGUGCCCCUUGAUCAAUAUACAUUCCCUAAAAAGACAGUCCUUGUCCUUGGACGUGAAAAGGAAGGUAUACCCGUGGAUAUUAUUCAUGUACUAGAUGCUUGUAUAGAGAUCCCGCAGUUGGGAGUGGUUAGAUCACUCAACGUUCAUGUCAGUGGUGCUAUUGCUCUGUGGGAGUAUACUCGACAACAAAGAUCUUGA